GUGGCCAUUUUACACUGGAUUUACUGAAAAUAAAGCGCCCCAUUCUCUUGUACUGACAGUUUUAUUAGACGUGAGAUUUCAGUAAGAACUGUUAGUUUCAUGAGGUGGUGUGUAAACAUAAAAGGGACAAAAACUUGGAGCUGAACAAUUGGGUCAACAUGGACUAUGAGCGGAGGGGUGGGCGAGGCGACCGCAUAGGCCGCUAUGGCAACAACAGUAACGAUCACAACUUCCUGGACAUGGACUACCGAGGCUAUGAGCAAGAAGAUGAGGAGGCAGGACCAGAGGAUGAUGGAUUAUACAGCCACCACGAGAGGCCACCGGGUGCACAUGACUUCCCACCAGGUUUUCCCCACGAUGGUGCACGUUUUCACCACAGAGGGAACGCCAGAAGCAACAUGGGACGAGAUGGAAAAGGCCUUUUGUGGCCCCCUUUCUCCCAUCCGCACCCAGAUGUUGCUCACCCCAUCCACCAGAGAGAGAACGGACCAAGGAGAGAGUCUGAGCUGCCACGCCCUUGCUUUCAGGAAAGGGGUCGGCAAAAAAGUGGAAGAGGCUUUCUGGAGAAAAGUGGCCCACACUCAGAAAAUAGGGAGAGCCACUGGAGUCAUGCUGGCACCCAUCCUGAGCUGAUGGAGUUUGGCGUAGGCAGACAGAGGGAGGAGGACAGGUUCUCACGUGGGGCUGGACAGAGAAGGCCUUUUCCGGUGAUGGCAGAGGAACAGGGAUGUGGAAAUAUGGGCCCAGACCUGUCAGAUGAGCUGGAUCCGAGGGACCAGGACUACCGUACAGAUUUGGAUCACAACCAGAAGCCCAGUAACAUCAUCAUGCUUCGCAUGCUGCCAUCCGAUGCCACAACCAGUGAGAUUCGGACACAGCUUCAGGAGCAGGGAAUACAACCAAGAGAAGUUCGCCUGAUGAGGAAUAAAUCUUCAGGUCAGAGCCGAGGAUUCGCCUUCGUCGAGUUUAAUCUCAUACAGGAGGCCACGCGCUGGAUGGAGACCAACCAGGGGACGCUGCUGAUUCUGGGACAGAGGGUGUCGAUGCACUACAGCGACCCCAAACCGCGGGCCAACGAGGACUGGCUCUGCAACAAGUGUGGUGUGCAAAACUUUAAAAGAAGAGAGAAGUGCUUCAAAUGCAGCGUGCCUAAAUCAGAGGCUGAGUUGAAGUUGCCACAGGUGCAGAGGGAUUUGCCUGUCAGUCUUCAGAAGGAAGGAACCCAAGGCUUACUGCCUCUACCAACAUCCUAUCACACCACUGGUCCCAGCAUCACGCCGGGCCAGGCUGCCCAGCAGGCAGAUGUUGCUAACGACACUCUGAUUCUCAGAAACCUUGGCCCCCAUACCUCAGUGGACGCCAUCUUGUCUGCUUUGGCUCCAUUUGCCACCCUCUCCCCAUCUAAUGUUCGACUAAUCAAAGACAAGCACACGCAGCUCAACAGAGGCUUUGCCUUUCUGCAGCUCUCUACAAUAGUGGAGGCUUCUCAGCUGCUCCAGAUUCUGCAGGCUCUCCAGCCACCUCUGUCUAUUGAUGGAAAAGCUAUUGUGGUGGAAUAUGCCAAAGGCUCCAAGCGGGAUGUGUUUGUGACGGACAGCAGCAGAGUGAGCGCUGCUACGGUGGCCAGCACAGCUAUAGCUGCCGCACAAUGGGCUGUCACUCAGAAUGCUCAGAAUGGAUCAGGUGCAGUGCAGGGUGUUGAUGCAGCAGUCUGUCAGCAGGGGGCAGCAGUAACCUACAGUCAGGAAGGACACAAGUAUUCUGGACCAGACGGCAUGACAGACUCCAGGGUUGCUGUCUUGCUGAGUGCAGGAACAUCUCUAAAUGGUGCAUACCCAGGAGGAGGGACCACAGUGGUCACUUCUUCGGAGGCAGUAAAAUCAGGUUUAGCAGCUGGGCAGCAGCUUCUCACUCAUCCACAGGAGGGUCUUGUCACCCCAGCCUCCAUCACACCAGCCACACAGGUUGAGAUAGUAGGGAAACCACAGCCAGCUUCUUCCAGUCAACCYGCCACUCCGGGUACUGAACAUGAGCUAAAGCAGUACCCUGUUCCAGAUGUGUCUACAUACCACUAUGAUGAAAGCUCUGGCUAUUAUUAUGAUCCYUUCACAGGACUCUACUAUGAUGCAAAUUCUCAGUAUUAUUACAACUCUCACAGUCAGCAGUACAUGUACUGGGACGGAGAAAAGCACACUUACGUCCCUGCUGCCAGCCAGUCAAACCCUGAAGGUGCUCCAACGAAGGACGGUGCAGCCUCUUCAGACUCAGCAAUGUCCACCACCGGAAGCAAGGAGAAAAAGGACAAACCAAAGAGUAAAACUGCUCAACAGAUAGCCAAAGAUAUGGAGCGUUGGGCUAAGAGUCUCAACAGACAAAAGGAAAACAUGCGGUCUGUUUCGUCGUCCCCUGCCAUCAGCCUCUCUGGUAACACACGGCCUCCUGGCCACAGUUCCUUAGACGACUACAGAGAGUCUGCRAGUGCUGAUGCAGGCUAUGCAGUUCUGGAGAAAAAGGGUGCACUGUCUGAAAGGCCGCAGAGCUUUCUAGACCAGAUCCGUCAAGGCACAGAGUCKCCUCCUCGGCAGUCUGGUCUUGUCCCGGCCUACAGUGCAGAAACGGACAGUGAAGAUGAAGGAGGCGACAAAGACGACAAGGAAGGGAAAAUGACAGACUGGGCUAAACUUGCUUGUCUGCUGUGCAGAAGGCAGUUCCCAAGCAAAGAAGCUCUUAUCAGGCACCAGCAGCUCUCUGAACUACAUAAGCAAAACCUGGAGCAGAGAAAAGCUCAACUGGAAGCUCAGAGAACAGAAGAUGGAUCAGAACCUCCUGAAACUAAGAAGAGAAAGUUUAGCCCCAUUGAUGGCAUCACAGGCAGUAGUCUCGGUGCUAGAAUGCUGCAAGGAGGCAUGAAGAAAGGACUUUUGUUGCGCAACAUGCAAGUGGAGUGAUCACUUACCCAUAAACUUCCUGACCCAUAAAAAACAGUAACUUGCUUACAACUCUUUACUGUUGACAUCUUUAUGAAAAUCUCCUAAUUUUUGGGCAGAUAUUAUAAAUACCUCAACAGUGGUAAGGCUUGGUGGUGGUAAUUCCAUGGACUUUUCCUGUAGCAGUAGAUAUUGGAAUAUUGCACAAAUUGCACAUUUUUUGCUUGCUUUCUGAAUGAUGCAGUUUUCAUCUAGCAAGCUUCUUUCUCUGUCGUAAUCUGGUUUUGUGUGAGUUAGAAAAACAUUUGUUCUUUUGAAAUAAAAACGAUCAAUAAUUUCAGCAAAUGAGAAUUUCUAAUAUUACUGUCUAUGCACCAUAGAAUUUUAAGUUAACGCUGUAUGCCUUGCCAUUCAAUGAAUGGUUAAUUUGGGCAUAAACUGUGCAUAUUUUAGAAUGAGCCGUUUUCUACUGCAGUUAAAAGUGUAACCUUUGGUAAUGGGUAGGUCACAUUCACUGAUGAUGUGUAGAUGAGAAGUGUCCCAUCAAAUGGCAGAUUGGAAUUAACAUUGUUAUAGAUAUUUGUGUUUUGAAAUUAUUUUUUGUUCAUGUAUUUGUCAAACAAUGUGACUGUUUCACCAAGCUGAUGUAAAUGAAUUAAAAACACUUUCGUCUACUUUGAGGUCUUGUAUGAAAAUGCCUGUAAAUAGUAGCCAAUGCUUCAGCAUUAAGUGUUUUUUUUUACAUAAUAAAAAAUAUUUUUCAUGAGG